AUGGACCCCAACUCCUCAUUCGACUGGCUCCACGUGCUGAAUUACAGCAGAACAUACAAGUACCUCUACUUGGAAGGGACCCCCCAGCCUUCAGUGGCGGCUGUCUUCAUCGUCUCGUACCUCCUCAUCUUCCUGCUCUGCAUGGUUGGCAACACAGCGGUUUGCUGCAUCGUUCUGAAGAGCAAACGGAUGCGCACGGUCACGUACCUCUUCAUCCUGAACCUGGCUGUCAGCGAUUUGCUGGUGGGCAUCUUCUGCAUGCCCACCACCCUCCUGGACAACAUCAUUGCAGGUUGGCCGUUCGGGAGCCUGGUCUGCAAGAUGAGCGGGAUGGUCCAAGGAGUUUCUGUCUCUGCCUCUGUCUUCACCCUGGUUGCUAUUGCCGUGGACAGGUUCCGGUGCAUCGUGUAUCCGUUCAAGCAGAAGCUGACCAUUUCCACCGCCGUCGUCAUUAUCGCAGUCAUCUGGGUCCUGGCCGUCACCAUCAUGUGUCCGUCUGCGGUCAUGCUGCAGGUACGAGAAGAGAAGCAUUUCAGGGUGAUCCUUGGCUACGGCAACGCAACCCGCCCCGUCUACUGGUGCCGGGAGGACUGGCCCGACCCGGCAAUGAGGAAGAUUUACACCACGGUUCUCUUUGCCAACAUCUACCUGGCUCCCCUGUCGCUCAUUGUCAUCAUGUACGGCAGGAUCAGCGUCGCUCUCUUCAACACAGCGAUGCCCGCGGUGGGAAAAAUCACCCGGGAGCAGCGGCGCUGCGUGUCGAAGAAGAAGCAAAAAGUCAUCAAGAUGCUCAUCGUGGUGGCUUUGCUUUUCACCCUGUCCUGGCUUCCCCUGUGGACUCUGAUGCUGCUUUCGGACUACGCCAACCUUUCGGAUGAGCAGCUGCAGCUCAUCAACAUUUACAUCUACCCCUUUGCUCACUGGCUGGCCUUUUUCAACAGCAGCGUCAACCCCAUCAUCUACGGCUUCUUUAACGAAAACUUUCGCCGGGGCUUUCAGGCCGCCUUUCAGCUUCAGCUCUGCUCCGGGGAGGUCUAUUCCCAGCGAGGCAAAAACAACGUCGCUUUGCCCCCUGCCCGGGACCAUGCUGGUCAAAAUGCUAAGGAGGAGGGGAAGAGAGUCCGGAAAUGUAAUUGGGUGGAUAAUGAGCAGGACUUGGUAAUGGAGGAUCUACAGGAGCCCUGCAAUGAUGGGAUUAAGUGA